AGGGCUUCAACCACCUCCUGAGAAGAUGGUUGGGGUGGGUGCCAGGGGGGUCUAACCACCUUCUGAGGAGAUGGGACGAGCCCUAGGGAACAUACCACACUUCCGAGUCUCUAGCCACCGCACCCCAGAUGGAUGGUCCAGGAACCCGGCAUGGGCAUUUCUGGGUGCCGAACCGCCGCUUCGCCCUCCGCAACACCUGGGCUUCAGCUCCGCGCAGCCACACGACCCGCUUUUCAGCACCGGAGCGAGCGGGACUGGAUCGAAAGCACCGGGUCUUCACGAUGCUGGAGCAUGGAGGCCCUUCGCUCAUGCGCGGUGGCGAGUACGCGGACCAGGCUCCUGUCGAAGCCUUUGUCUCAGCAGGUGGUCUCUUUGCCAAGAGCGAGUCGAUGGAAAUCACCAAUGACCCGCGUUUCUUUCAGGACAAUGUUUUGGGCUAUCGCUUGGCUGCCUUUGCAGGGAUGGGCGUCGUUGCCGGCUUAAUGGUCCAGAACUCCUUGGACUCAUUGUUUGAUAUGAGCAAGGCCCUGACUUUCAAGGGCAGUGUGCAGAAUCAUAUCGAUUCCUGGUUUCAGCUGGCAGCGAUUCUGCUCCUCGCCGUCGUGCACUUCCUGAACAUCAUCGCCACUUAUGUGGGCGUGGCGCAGCCGUAUCACACCAUCCGAUUGAUGACCGCUGGCCCGACAGGUUUUGAGUCGGCCGCGUGCUAUUACCUGAACAAGAACAUCGUGGCCUGGCGCCACUUUGCCGUCUUUGGUGCUCUGUUGAGCAUGCCCAUGUUCCUCCUGAGCUGUGGCCUUCGCAUGAUGGUGAAGUUUGAUCGAGAGAACUAUGACUGGGAGGGGAAGAUGAACAUCGACGACCGUGCGGCACCCGAGUCUUCGGACCGAUUCUUAGGAAUCCUCAUGUGCACAGUCUUUAUUGUGAUGGCCUUGAUGGUGUGGUACAUCCACCACAAGCACUGGCGGGUCUUCGAUGAGCGUUACAAGCUCUUAAAGCCCAACCUGGCGCAGCAUCAUGAUGUCCUCAACUCCAUGUCCCGUAGGAGG